GAGCGUUCUUGUGUUCUGAUGACAUCUUCCACUCUUCCUUUCUGCGGCGCACCCUUCUUUCUCCAUCCACUUGUGUACUUUCGACGUCGUCUUCCUCAGUAGCGCCCCCUUCUUUCUCCACCCGCCGUCGACGCAGCUGCCUUCCAGCCAUCUCCAUAUCCGUUUCGCCGUCCCCUUCCUCCUCAUCAGGUAAACCUAAUUCCCUUCCUCUCUCCCCAUCAAUUCGCCCCUAACCUAAUUCGUGCUGAUGAUCUCCCCCGAGGACCCGCGCAAGUGGCUCGUCAAGCGCGUCGUCGGGAUGCAUGGGGGCUCCGUCACCUACCUUGUCGACCCCGGCAACAACGACUCCUCCUCCAGAACCGUCGUGGUGAGUUGGUCACUACUGGGCUGGGCUUUUGGGUUCCUACUGCUUGUUAGGUGCUGCCUCCGUGAUCCGAUUUGUGCUCAACUGAUUGAUGCUGAGCAUUGUUGGUCUUAAUGGAGUUUCAGUAGUUGUUUUUAGCGACGGGCUUAGGGGGUGUUUGGGAACACAGUUUUUUACAGUAUUGGAACAAUACUGUGGUAUUUGAGAAUACCAUGGUAUAAUAUACAGAAAGGUGUUUGGAAAUGUAGGUAAAAUCUCUGUAUUUAAAACUAAAGUAUUAUCAAUACUGCAGCUGUUUCAAAGUAUUGUAAACUUUGCUCUCCACCAAAGUUUUCUUCUGUAAACAAGCUUGUGAGCGUGCGGUACCGGCGAUGGCGUGGGACCGAGCUGGGUUCUGCGGACACAAUGCCGAAAAGGCUGUCACUGGUGUACCUAUCGCUCGUUCCAAACUUCCAAUGCUGCACGGGGCUGUAUGAGUAUGACAGCUUGGGUGUACGUACGUGUACCCAAUGGUUCAGCUUUCAUAUGAUUUUAGCUUUAUUAGUUGCAAUAACCAACUACCGCUAGCUUUAGAUUGUAUGAUAUUUGUUAUCUAGAAGGAAGACUUCAAUUUAUGGAAUAACUCAACCAUGCGGCUGUUACUAACCUUAGGGAAUUUAGAAGAUAAUUCCAAUAGGGGAACAGAGAGCCUCACAUGGUAUAUACUUUGUUCCCAAACACCUCCAUGUAUUCAAAAUUGUGGUAUUCUAAAACUGUGGUAUUGAAAACUGAGAUCAUGUCAUGGCAUUUGUAUACUGUGGUAUUUGAAAUACCAUGGUUUUGAAAAACUGUGUUUCCAAACACCCCCUUAGUACUUGUCAGUACAUUUUACAUGCUUCGAAUUGAGAUGCAUAGGAAUUAGGAGACGUGCGUUUUUUAGUAAUUGGUACCUACUUGCGCCUGAGACUCUAGUCUAGGCACCAAAGUCAGGGAGGUGUUUCUCUGAGCUCUGCUUCAAAACUGUAUUAUCUGAUGUUUGUCUGAGCCACAAGUCAUGAAUUUUGCCUGUAGUCAAGGAUGGUGAAGGUCCAAUCAUGUGCAUAUCAUUGGUUUCCUCUUGUUAUGAUGACCAAACUUGUAUCUAAUAUAUUGAUUUGAAUAUGAUGACCUCUAUAUUGUAAGUUUCUGAAUUUUUGCAACACAGGUCAUGCAUUUUUCCUGUAGUCAAGGAUGGUGAAGGUCCAAUCAUGUGCAUAUCAUUGGUUUCCUCUUGUUAUGAUGAAGAGAUCUGGAUUCAAUACUUGAUUUUUCAUUUGUUUUUAAAUAUUUGUUAACUGUUAUGGUGUAUGUCAAUGGAAUUUGGGCAUUGGUUGCUUUGACUGUUUCUUGGAAUGCAGAUAAACUACGCCUAUGCUCGAGACAAUGAAACACUAUUUGAUAUUAUUAGUGUGAAGAUGAACCUCUCAAUUGACAAGCGAUGCAGGAUAAAUAAUUUGUCCACAAGCAUGAUUGCAUUAUCCUAGGUGCUUAUGAAAGUUUUUACCUUUUCUUCAAUAUGAAGUCUGAAUGUGUGGUGUGGCUUGUCUGAUCUAUCUAGCAGGUUUAGUGGUACUCGCAUCAGCUAAACCUUAAACUUGUUUUCUUCUUAAUGCCUCCGUGAUCGGUUUAAGUUCUUUCGUUGCGGAGAUGGCAGCGGCGGCGGGGCCGUACAAAGAGAUGCUGGAAGUGGUGAACGCGUGCGCGACCCGGAUCCGGUGGCGCCUCAGUCCAGCUUCCAAGCGCCGCCUCCUCAACGGUUGCGUCCUGUGGUACUGGUCGACUAUGGUGGCACAAUGCCUCAGCUACAAGAAAAUCUUUGUGGCCUGCUAUAUCUUGCCCGACAGUUCAAGCUCUACAAGGUUAGGUCUGUUCAGUUUGGCUAGAAAGGCAUCCCCUACCUGAACACCUACGACGACCGCACCAUCCGCUACCCCGACCCUCUCAUCAAGGCCAACGACACCAUCAAGAUCGAUCUGGAGACCAACAAGAUCAUGGACUUCAUCAAGUUGUAUUUGCCCUUUCAUGGACUUCAUCAAGUUAUAUACUUAGUUAGGCUCAAUGUUAGCACAAACAGUUGAUGAGCAAGUUUAAAUUUAGAGUACACUUAUGUAUGAGUUAUUUGACAAUGCUUAUUUAUGAGAUAUUGAAUAUUAUUUAUCUAUAUUA